CACUUUUGUAACUAUACAUUUUAGCAAACUUUUAAAAACCCUAAAUGAACUGUCUUUUUGGUUUUUUCUUUAUUCACACUGUUUUAUGCUCUACUAUUUCUAUUUCGUGGCGGAAUCACCACUCACAAGCAGAUAUUGAACGCAUAAUUAACAGAGUUACUGAGAAAUGUCCCGAUAUUUCUCAGGCGUACUAUUUAGCAACUGGUGGCAUUACCACAACACAAAAUGGAAACAGGUUGUUUGUAAUCGCUCUUGGAAAGCAUGUAAAUUCAUCUAAAAGAGGUAUCCCAGAGUUUAAGUAUAUUGGAAACAUGCAUGGAGAUGAAGUUGUUGGAAGAGAGCUGUUAAUACGGUUGGCUGUUUACUUGUGUGAUGAGUUUAUUGCGGAAAACCCACUUAUCCACAAACUUCUUAGCCGAACAAGGAUACACAUUUUACCGUCUAUGAACCCGGAUGGUUGGGAAAUCGCUGCCUAUAAUAGUUAUUCUCGUGAAUUUGGCAGAGACAAUUCGGAAAGAGUGGAUCUUAAUAGAGACUUUCCCGACUUAACAAAGAAGUUCUAUCACAAUCUACUGAGCGGUGGACCCUUGGAUCACCUGCAACCUGAUGAAGUCGAUGUGCAGAAGGCGCAAAUAGAGACAAAAAUGGUAAUGGAAUGGUUAGACAAAAUCAAUUUUGUGCUGGGUGCAAAUAUGCAUGGCGGUGAUUUGGUUGCAAAUUAUCCAUUUGAUAAGUCGACAACUGGGUAUGCUGCCGAAUCUAUUACACCAGAUAACCCCACAUUUGUUGAACUAGCAGAAUCUUAUGCUGAUCAUCAUCUACGAAUGAAAAAAGGGAUUAAAAGGUGCCAUGAUCCCAAUAACCACUUCAAUGAUGGCAUCACAAAUGGAGCAAGAUGGUAUUCAUUGAAUGGAGGAAUGCAAGAUUACAAUUAUCUGCACACGAAUAGUUUUGAAAUAACUUUGGAACUAGGCUGUGAAAAGUAUCCUAAUGCUUCUGAAUUACCAAGAUACUGGGAUGAAAAUAAAAUGUCUCUACUCAAUUUUAUUUUACAAGUCCAUAGAGGCAUUAAAGGCAUUGUGUAUGGAUACGUGGAAAAUAAUUAUAUUCCGAUGGAGUAUGCAGUUAUCAAGGUAACUAAUAUAACUGAUCCAACUAAUCCGACUCCUAUACUUCAUAAUAUAAAUACAGAUCAAUUUGGAGAUUAUUAUCGGCUUCUUACAAAAGGCAAAUACAUAGUUACCGCUUCAGCUGAUGACUUUAUACCAGCAGUGGCUUGUGUUGAUGUAAAGCACACACCUUCUAUAAAUGGGCCAUUUCUUGAAGCGCAACAAGUAGAUUUUCUACUCUUACCAAAAAAUCCACAAAGGAGUAAUGUAUCAAAUACCACUUGGACCUCAUCAACUCUCAAGAAAUUUCACAUUAGCGGUUAUCUUCAAGAUAAAGUAUGCUUAAAACAGUAUAGUGAAGUGAUGGAUACGAUGCCGCCAAAUACAUGGGUGGACGAGUAUAAUUUAGCUUAAGAUCGCUUGAAGACCACUGACAUAUCUAUAUUCGCAAAAACAUAGAAUAUUUUAAAUUAUAAUCUUGCAGACUAAAUGUUCCAUUUAUAAUAACUCUCCAUUCACUUAUGUUGUUUACUCGUUACACAUUCUCGACAGUACGUAAGCGGACUCACAAACUGAAAAUCAUUAACCUGAGGACUUUUAGGUUCAUAGUGGAACAUGGGUACAUCCGUGAAACACACUGGAGUUGUACAAUAGUACAAAACUCGCAGAACAAUGUCGUUAUAAGUUAUAGUCAACAGAUCAUGUUAAUCACUCCAAAAACAGUUGUAACCUAUAUACUUUAAACGAAAUAAACAUAUUAACAUGCAUGGCUGCUGUCUCUAACA